GUUCUUUUUUUUUUUAGUUUGUCGAGGUGGGAAAGCCAUUCCGAUGGGGGAUCGCGUUGCGUUGUGUUCCGACCGCCAGUUGCUAGCGUGAGUCGCGUAUGUGUGGAUGCGGGAAAAUGACUCCGCUUUCUUUAGUGUCGUGGCGAAUCUUGUGUCUCAAAGUACUGCUCGUCUUCAGUUCAACCAGUGCAAGACCGCAUUGCUGCGGGCCGAGGGAUGGAGCUGUACCCGAUUCUGCGCAACACUAUUUGAUGACGUUCGGAUAUUUACCUCAGUCUGAUUUCGAGAUCGGGAACCUUAGGACGGAAGAAGAAUUGAUAAAUGCCAUCAAGGAAAUGCAGACAUUCGCUGGAAUUCCGGCAACUGGGAAAAUCGAUGAGAAGACGUUGAAAUUGAUGCACACUCCACGUUGCGGUUUGCCGGACGUGGACAAGUCGUUCGGAGGUGAUAGAACGCGACCCAAGCGCUAUUUGCUGCAAGGACAACGAUGGCCACGCACGGCGUUGACUUGGACGUGAGUUGAAUACGGC